AUGCCUCGUGUCCUACUCGUUCUUUUGCUUUGCAGCAUUGGCGCGUUUAUCGGAACAAUACACGCUCUUCGGCCUCUAUCAAACGUCAUCAAACGCUUUCCUGGCGAUUCACACAGCAGCGUUACGAGACACACGGCAAGAGAAUGCAACGCAGACGAUCCUCGGAAUUGGGAGUACUCGGCCUGCAGCCUCCUUAUCAGAUGCAUUCUGGGCAAACUCGACGAUCUUUUCAAAAGCGAUCUAGCCAUUGGCACGACCAUACUUGGUUUAGUGCCAAGUAUAUUGAUUAUUGGCGCCGUGCAGCCUGAUGAGAUUGUGUUUCUGGCCCUCGUAUCACCACAGCGGGCUUUGGCGCUGUCCAUUUUUGGUGUUUCUAUAACGUCAAACCCAUUCAAGCAGGUGACGCCUCUCAAAACGCCUUUGACACAAGACUCGGAACGCAAAUGGCGCAUUUCGUUCGCGCGGUUCACAAAGAGUCCAUCAUGGAAGCACAUAUUCUGCAAAGCACUGUCUGACCUGUCUAUCCUCGUUAUGGCCUCCGUCGCUUUAUGGCAGAACUGGAAUGUCAACUCGGCUGUCAUGGUGCAGUGGUUGUGCGAAUCUCCUCUUAUGAUUUUCACAUGGCCUCUAGCCAAUAUGUGCUGGGUCAUCUUUUCUGUGCUGUUGCUUCACUCCAUGGCCGACGAGAUAAAGAUCAAGCAUUCUUCGCUGGACAUUACAUACGACUGGUGGCAAGCGCUUCUUUUGCCCUAUACGCUGGACUUUGAGAAACGAUACAAGUGGGAAAUGAAAUGGAUUCUCAUACUUGAUACACCACAGGUCAAGAUUCCGUACCCAUGGUACAAGGCAACGCGUGCUGCAUCAAUGCCGGGGGAAGCUCACACCAUUCAAAUUAUUGUCAAGAUGUCGAGCACCCCACUCACCAUGAAGUGGCAGAUGUACUUCUUUAUCAUCGAGGUUUGUGCAGUCGGCAUAUACUUUUACGCUACUUUUGUUCUUCUCAGCGCUAUUUUCAUAGGAGCGGUUGGAAGUGUCAGGUUUGGAGCUAUCAUGGCAGCACUCUAUGCGGCGAUUCAAUUUGUGCAAAAGGUUUUUUGA